GAAAUAGGUUGGUAUGUCAUUUUAUUAGACGGUAGAGAAGUAGCAGAAAGUCUGAUAGAAGGGUUUGUUUAAUAGGAUUUUUUUUUCUUUGGUCGAUAUUUUAGGUUAUUAUGGCAUCGCUGUUCAAGAGGAAGACGGUGGAGGAUGUCAUUAAGGAGCAGAAUAAGGAGCUGAGAGGACAGCAGAGGCAGAUCACGCGAGACCGAGCCACACUGGAGAAACAGGAAAAACAACUGGAGCUGGAGAUCAAGAAGAUGGCCAAAUCAGGGAACAAGGAGGCGUGCAAGAUCCUGGCCAAACAGCUGGUCCAGCUGAGAAAACAGAAGACCAGGACGUACGCCGUCAGCUCCAAAGUCACAUCUAUGUCCACUCAGACCAAACUCAUGCACUCGCAGAUGAAGAUGGCAGGAGCCAUGGGCACCACCGCUAAAACGAUGCAGGCAGUCAAUAAGAAAAUGGAUCCUCAGAAGACUUUACAGACGAUGCAGAACUUCCAGAAAGAAACAGCAAAGAUGGAGAUGACUGAAGAGAUGAUUAACGACACACUGGACGAUCUGUUCGAGGACUCAGGAGACGAGGAAGAAUCUCAGGACAUUGUGAACCAGGUGCUGGAUGAGAUUGGCAUCGAGAUCUCGGGGAAGAUGGCCCACGCUCCCUCUGCUACCCGAACCAAACCCGCCGCCUCCACCGCCAAGGCAGAUGGGAUAUCAGACGAGGAGAUAGAGAGACAGCUAAGGGCUCUCGGAGUGGACUAACGCCAACACGUACAUCUCUGAUUUGCCUGGCAACACACACACACACACACACACACACACACACACACACACACACACUACUGAACCCUCAGCCUUGAUCUUUGCAGUCAUUUAAACAUGCCUACUCUGGGUGAAAAAAGCGCCACAGCAGGAAAUUAAAUUCCAUUAUUGUGGUAGGACUCUUAACACCAAGCCACUGUUUGAAUUGUAUUAAAAAUUAAAAAAAAGUCCAUUUUUGAAGAGAUGUUCCUAUCCAGUUUUGAGUGCAUGCUUGCAUAUCCUUGGUUUUAUUCACUAUUGUAAAAACCCAUUAAAUAUAUUGAAUAUGUAUUGAAAUGUAUAAGAGGUUGAGAUCAGUUCAUAAAGAAAAAAAACCCUUUCCUUUCCCUUUCCCUGAACUCUCCUGAGAGAUCUACCUCCAAUAACAGACUGGAAACGGUGGCACUGUUCUUUGGGAUUCGUUGAUUCAUCCUUUAUACUUUUCAUAUCACUCUUUUGUUGUUUUCUUCUUUAAAAAAAAUCUACCAUCCUGGCACAUCAGUAGCAUUUCUUGUUAAAAUUACUUCCAAAAUCUCAGACAUAGUUGAGCGCUUUAUUCUCCGAUGCCUCCCAGGUAACUGUCUGCCUGCCUGAUUUGCUUUUUCUGGAUUGAUUUUCUGGGAUUUCAACUGAAUAACAAUGAAUACGAGCUAACGAAGCAUGAAAAUCAGCAGUUAGUGUGACAAAGCUAAAUUACUUUCACUCCUUGCUGCCAGUCUUCUUUUUAUUUAUUUUUUUCCCCUCGCCCUUUGCCUAGGACCUUUUGCUGUUUACUGAUUGUCCAUCAUCAAGGCUUUGUUAAACGAGAAUGAAUGAUGAGACAAGGUAGCAUUUUAAACGACUGAUCUACAUUGCAGAUGCUGUUGCUAUCUUAAGCUUCGGGGUUCAUUAAGCACGUCUUAUUGUAGGAGUGCUGGGAAGUAGGUUUGGUCGACUCCAGGCCAACUUCGAGAUUAGUUUGGAUGGAUGGAUACUCUUUUGUUUUUUGGAGAAUUUACCCUGCAGUCUUCUUGUUUCAAGUCAAACAUUUAUCACUGCACGGGGGAGUGCACAAUGUCUCAAAGCAAGAGUUUUUUUUUUUUACAUUUAUUCAGAUCACAAUCCAAUCGGCAACGGGAUUCCCUUAACAACAGCUCUGUUGUCUGAAUCUAAUGUUCACCCUACACCAGGCACAAUUCGCCGUGUCUUUAAAAAUCACUCCAAUAGUCUUUAUAAAUGUGUAAAUAGUGAAAGUAUGGAUGAUUUUAUGAUUGAUGUUUUCUGUUUCUGAUUCAUAGCCAUAUUUAUCAGAGUUAUGGGAUGUUGAUAUUUGUUCAACAGUUAUGGGAGGUUUUGUUUUUUGUUAACCACAAAUAAAACACCUUUUUAACGA